CCCUGCGGAAGAGGACGACGCACUGUCGUUCUACGAUUUCCCAUCAGUGGAUCCCUGUCAAGAUGCUGCCAGGAACAAGAAUAGGGGGCUUUGAUUCUGUAUAUGCACAAGAUAUCAAGUAACUUGAAGAACGUUUCAGCAGUCAAAAAGGUUGCCAACUCGGAAAUGUUCCUGCCUGCUGUUUUAUGGCAAAAUCUGCUGGAGACGAACACCAGAUCACACUGCUGACGACCAUCAGUUUUCUGACUGCUUCACUGCCACACCUGACAGCCGCUCGCUGGACUAAUUCUUGUCUGCGCAAGUGUGAUCGACAAGCCUUCGCCAAGAUAAAUGGCCAACAGCGCUCCGGCGGCCUCUUGGCGGCAGCAUACGAAGAACAUUGUUGAGCUGAAAACUGCCUCUGUUGUAGGACUUCACCUAGAUCGGCUAGUAGAAGAAUGCAAUCAGACAAUAAUAGAACUUCAAAAAUGAUCUGAUGCUAGUUACAUGUGAAUAAACGAAAAUCAAACUGAAACAGUUGUAGUUCAACCAAAAACAAGCCAGCUAUUCUGCAUCGGAGUAUUAUGUUAAAUUCGCGAGAAAUAGAGAUUGAGAUAAUUUUAAAUCCUUAGGCGUUGUGUUCUUGGCGAGUAUGUCAUGGGAAAACCACUUUAGCUGUCUCCUAACAAAAGCAUCUCAAGUUACUGGUAUAUUUAAAGCAGAAAUUUGGGCUAGUUGGUUGUAACUGAACUUAGACAUUGUAACAAGCGCUGAUGGACGUGAACACAAAGAAGAGACUGGACAGGCACUAGACAUCAACUGAAGGUUUAAUGACACUAACCUUCUGCGCAGCUUUUCGACACAGCAAGCGAGGGAGAUCUUUGAAGCCUUAUGUAUCAGUACCGAAGCUAAUAAAUGUGUCAGCGCACCUUCGCUGGCCUUGCAGGCAAAAGAAAAAAUGUAUUUAAAGCAAAACACGAUUUCUUUUUGCUGAUAAUUCUGCCUCAUGAUUUUUGUAUUUUUUGUAUGUUUCUGCGGUGGUAUAUAUGUUGCUGUUAGUGUCAUUAAACCUUCAGUUGAUGGCUAGCGCCCGUCCAGUCUACUUGUCUCUUCUUUGUGUUCCCAUCCAUCAGCGCUUGUUAUGAUGUCUAAGUUCAGUUACAACCAACUAGCCCAAAUUUCUGCUUUAAAUAGUCUGCUUUCUAGUACAAUGGGCUCUGUUCUUCCUAACUUUUUAUGUCUGAGUCCAUCCGCAACUUCUGCGUCUUUGGUAAACCUUGUUGCCUUAACAGCCUGCCGUGCAAGAGCGGUGACCUUCUGCAUGAAACACCAGCUAAUCCCUCUUGAGGUGCUGAAGCUUUUUGCGCUGUUUGUGCGAUCGCUUCACCAUUCUAAAAGAAUAGUGAACCUGUGGAGCUCUGAGCUCUGUCACCAGUAUCGUCACUACCAGGUCUGUCUUCGUAUUCUCUCGGCAUCCCUGGUCAGCAGCGGCCAACAGGGUGAAGUCGUGUUCCGGAGCUGGUCACAUGAGGCCGCGUAUGUGACAGAAUUCCUGUGGGCAACAGCUCUCCCUUCACUGCUUGUCUGGACCAGGAGACGUGUCAAGAAUGAAUGCCGUUCUGGAAAGUUGACGUGUCUUGGAACUGGCACUUUGCCUGAGAAUGUAGUAAAUGUCUUGGACAAUGGACCAAAGUUUUGUACUGAGGUCAUUGAUAAUCCUGUUGAAUUGCUUUCUAUGGUGAGGAAUGUUGCUAAUAGCGUUGAGCUUGAUGAUCAAAACCGAGUUCUGUCUGAAGGCAUCGACUGCCUCUUAGCCAGACGGCCACGUAGUAACGCUAGCUUACAGGUUCGGGACACCGUUAAAUUUUUGCAGAAAAGUAACUUAGCAUUAUUGUUGUCCGAUAAAGAAGGUGGUUUUGUGGUGCUUCCUAAGGCUGUCUUCUCAGAAAAAGCUGAACAGGCUGUUUCAAAGAAUUUCAAGCCGGUCAAGUGCUCAUGGAGGGAGUUAAGGAAGAAAGCCUUGGCUCUUUGUGAUGAGAUGAACAUGCUAAGCCUCAAGAAGACCAUAGGUAGUGCAAAAAAGGACUUCCUAGAUUUGUUUUUCUCUGUAAAAACGCAUAAGGAAGGAAUGCCAUUCAGGACGAUUGUGAUUGAGCAACAUUCAUGGCAAGGAGCCCUCUCUAGAUUUCUGCAAAAGCACCUUAAGUUGCUUCAAGUGAAUGACCCUUACCUUGUUGACAUUUCGGAAAGUGUCUUAGAUUACCUUUCCAAGUUUGAGUAUCCCCAGCAGCCUCUACACCUUUUCUAUCGAUGUUGUAUAUCUGUUUUAUUCUAUCCCACUAAGCCAACUUUUAUGCGCUGUUCGAGAAAGCAUCGGUGACUUUGGUCCCGUUACCUUUCAGAAUUCCACUGGUUUGUACAUCGACAAUUUUAUUGAAUUUUUAACAUUUUACCUGUCAUCUAACACAGUCGAUUUUAAUCAUAACCCUGUCCUUCAAAAGG